CGGUCACGUCGACGUUAUCAGGCACUCGGCAGUAUAUAAACCUGACCCAUGACCCCAACCACUUCAGUGGACUUGGUGGCACCGACCAGACGACCAUGCUUAUUCCUGCUCUUUUCGUUGUGCAGAUUGCGCUGUGGCCAAGCGUCCUCACUACAGGGCAGGCCACACAUACGCACGCAAACGGAACAACGGCAGUGACUUCGGAUGACACAACAUCGGACUACAAAUCUGCGCAGACUCCGAUCACGAUCGACGCCCCCCUACAACGCAGCGACCACGUCACGGAUGCGGUCACGUCGACGUUAUCAGGCACUCGGCAGUAUAUAAACCUGACCCAUGACCCCAACCACUUCAGUGGACUUGGUGGCACCGACCAGACGACCAUGCUUAUUCCUGCUCUUUUCGUUGUGCAGAUUGCGCUGUGGCCAAGCGUCCUCACUACAGGGCAGGCCACACAUACGCACGCAAACGGAACAACGGCAGUGACUUCGGAUGACACAACAUCGGACUACAAAUCUGCGCAGACUCCGAUCACGAUCGACGCCCCCCUACAACGCAGCGACCACGUCACGGAUGCGGUCACGUCGACGUUAUCAGGCACUCGGCAGUAUAUAAACCUGACCCAUGACCCCAACCACUUCAGUGGACUUGGUGGCACCGACCAGACGACCAUGCUUAUUCCUGCUCUUUUCGUUGUGCAGGUCAGUAACAACUACUCUGUACCUUCCUUACGGGACAAUGACGUAACGCUAACGGUGCUGCCAAGUCCACACUUUCUCGCUGUAUUGAUUGUUGAGUGCUAUGAUGUAUUUAAGCUAUUACUACUAACAUCGGGCGAUGUCGAGCUCAACCCCGGUCCGACCUCAGACUCGGAAUCUGACACUCGUCCUAAUAACGAUCUUCUGAAACAAAUUCUGAAAGAACAAUCUAAAACCAACAAAACGUUAAAAGAACUAGUGACUAACUUGAAAAAGGUUGAGCGAACAGUUGAUAACAUGGAAACUAGGCUUGCCGCAAUUGAAAAUGACAUGGAACGACUGAAGUAUUGCGAAGAGAAGUUGGCCGAAUGUGAAAACAAAUAUGACACCACGAAAGAUCAAAUCCAGAACCUUGCAUUGAAAUUGGAUGAUUUAGAAAACAGGAGUCGACGGAACAACUUGAUUAUUUAUGGUGUAACGGAAAAACCUAACGAAGAUAUAGUUUCACUCGAAAAGAUAGUGAGAGAAAACAUUUUAAAAGAAACGCUAGGCAUUGAAGUGAAAACCCUUGAAAGAAUUCACAGGAUUGGUACCCGCACAAGUAACCGAGACCGCCCGAUCAUCCUUAGAUUGUUUGAUUACGCCGAAAAAACCAAAAUCUUAUCUUGCUGCUACAAACUGAAAGGCACACCACUAACUGUUUCCGAAGAUUUUUCUAAGAGAGUAAGGGAAAUGCGCACGCACUUGUGGCAUUCAGCGGUAAACGAAAGGGCAAACGGAGCAAAAGUUAGGCUAACAUUCGACAAACUGAGAAUCGAUGAGAAAGUGUAUACUUGGGACCCAGUGAAGAAUAUUAGGAUUGAAUUACCGCAGAAAGCAAGUCUUUCAAAACAUUCCCUUUCCACUUCGACUUCGCUGAAAUCCUCUAAAAACAAGAAAGUUUCAAAAUGACAGCCCAGUACCAAAACUCUACGAAUCCUUUCCCUAAAUGCCCGAAGUGUGGUAAAUAAAUUUGAUCAAUUAGAGAACCUAAUCCUGUCUUAUCAACCACACAUUUUAGUAAUAACAGAAACAUGGCUUAAUCCUGGUGUACGUGAUUCUGAAGUUAUUCCGCCUUCAUACACACUGUUCCGUAAAGACAGAGGAUCAAGAGGCGGCGGUGUCGCGAUAGCAAUUAAAAAUAACAUAAAGUCCUUAGAACUUGAUGGCAUUG